AUGCCUGGGGACACGCUGUUUGUGACAUGCGGUGCAACCGUACCCUUCCCGCAACUUGUACAGAGUGUUCUAGCCGCUGAAUUCCUCCGCGGCAUGCACGCUCUCGGGAUCCAUAGCGUCAUAAUCCAGUUCGGCCGCCAAUGGGGGGGGCAGUUCGACAAAGCCGUAACUACUUCUCCCCGCAUGUCUGCCACCAAUCCCGUGUACACCGCAGAACAACUCGGCUGUGACGAGAUACACUGCUACACUGCCCUGAACGGCGCCGUCCACGUGACGGGCAUCCCCUUUUCCAUCUGCGUCGAAGACCUCAUCGGCGGCCACACGGGCGUCCCCGUGACCGCGAUCAUCUCCCACGCGGGGACAGGGUCCAUCCUCGACGCACUCCGGUGCCAACCCAGCGAAAACACCCCACGACCCGCCCUCGUCGCAGUGGUCAACGGCGCACCCAUGGACAACCACCAGCUACAAAUCGCGAACAAAUUCGCCCAGAUGGGACUCCUGCACGCCUGCGAGCACCCAACCCCAGAAACACUCCUCCAAUCCCUCCAAGCAGCCCUCAGCAACACCGACAACACCAAGGGCAAGGGCUCCUUCGACCAGGGCAUCGCCCGCUUCGAGAAUUUUUUGGUGCAAAUUUCGCAGUGA